AUGGACACUGUUCCGCCACCGCCUCGAUUCUUAACUGAGGUUUGGACGAAAUUGGUGUGGCCGAUGCAGCGCGGGGAGCCAUUACUCAUUUUCUUCAUCCGUGCGUUGGCUUCGCACUUCGCAGUCACCUGCCUUUCUCCGAGGCUACGUCCUUUUACGGAUUCCGACAGCCGCCUACCCCAAGAUGCCGUGGCCCGGGGCUCGUUCAGAGAAUAUUAUCAAAACAUGCUGCGGCGAGAGCAACAGUCAUGCUCUAGUUUGAGUGAAGAGAUAUGUCGCAUUGUGGGAUUACGGCUUCAGCCCUAUUACACAAACCUCAUACAAAGCGGCUGGGAACUGCAGCCUUGUCCUGACUGCGCUAUUCAGCAGGCCAGCUAUAGGCAGAGUGAAGAAGACUCAGCCUUUGCAGAUGUGCACAAGCUUCCACAAAGUUACGGUGGUAACAUCUGCAGUCGCUGUGGGCGGCCAUUAUCACUCCAACCAGUCUGGACACGGCAGUUUUUUCUUGUUCUUCAGCGACAGGACGGCUCACGCUGUGCUGCUGUGGCAUUUGGCGAUGACCUGCACCCCAACCUUCAGCUUGGAUAUGUCCUCCGAGCGCUACUGUACGUUACCACGACUGAACGAGGUGAGCCACUCGUGGGGUUACAUAGUGCCACGGUUUUGCUUAGUACUGGGGAGUGGACUAGUACGAACACGCCGGAAGUGGGAAUAGAGGGCAUGAGUUUCUUGACCAACACCCCUUUUUUUGAGUCCUGCCCAUGCCGACCAUUGAAAAGCUGUGGGACGGGGCCAAAAAUGCGCUUACCAGAGUGGUGCCGCCUAGUGGCACCUGACAUUGUUGGUCAGGACUCUUGUAAGGGCCUUCUCCUCCUCAGCGUUAUCCACACCCUAUAUCGGGCGGUGCGGCGUGGGACAGCGGGAUCUGCCCGGCUUCGGCCCAUGCACGUGUUGCUAAUAGGUCCUACCAAAAGCGGAAAGACCGCUCUUUUGCGAGGAAUAGCUCGUCUCUACGGUAAGGCAUACGCAACGGUAAUCCGACAGUGGUAUGGGGGCGUUGGAACGGCGACGUCCACCGCCGGAUAUGGACUUGGAGCGUCUCUACCAAGCAUGCACGGUAACGUGUUACUGUGUGGGGCUGCAAUCGAAAGCUCUGCCCUCAUGUUAGACGAAGCUAUCUCAAGCGCUUCCUGCUUGCCGAUAGUAGAUCAGCUUCUGGAAGACGGCAUCUGUGUGGCGUCCACCGUGGGGACCGGAUCAAUAGCCGCAGCGAAUGCGUUGGAGGGAUUAGGGCAGUCCACCUUUUCUACCGAAGUUCAACUGACUGCGUCUAUCCACGAAGAAAGUCGACUUGCAUUGCCAUUGGCUCGGCGCUUCCCAUUAGUGGCACGUGUGUCGCCUUCGCUCAGCCUUGCAUAUAGCGUUUCCAUUGGGCAGAAUGUCAUAGCUGCCUCCUCGGCUCGAGGCUCAUCCUCGAGAUGUGCAAAUUCACGCGCCUCUUCUAGUCGCUGGUCGUUUGACGGAAGUGAUAAUCGGGGUGAUUCAAUAGGAUCUGGUGGCGCAAUGCUGGGCCUAGAGACUUCCCUCGACAUAAGCACCCUUAUUGAGAUAGCACGGUGUGCACCUGAUGAGGAAACUCUCUACUCUGCGCUGGAUUGGCCGUCUCUCGCGGCUUCGUAUUUGCAUCUUCUACAGACUCACAAACAUCUUCUGGAGUUUUCAAUUCUGGCGCCCGCUUCCGUGUUACCAAUGCCAGCCUCUCGCAGGGGCCGUGGCGAGGCGGCAGAGGGCGAUGAGGAGGUGCACAGGGGGCAGUGGAGCUUGGAUGGUUCCUUGCAACAACAUCUGCGCGUGCUUUGUGCGCUUUCUGUGGCGCGCCUCGUCUUACAGGGAGGCGUGGGCAUCUGUUGGUCCACCGAUUUACUACAGGAAGUUUGGGAUACUUAUGUUUACCACUUACGCAGCAUUGCACAUUUGUUGGAUGGUGUUGCGCCAAGGGCAGAGCUACCGCCUCGGGCCGAUAUGGGUACUCGGCUGAAUACUAGUGGAUUUGAUGGAUUCCCUGAUGCGAGUGGUGACGCUUUGCUUCCUUACCGUACUAGCGCCGGUAAGCGGCGUCGUAUUAGCAAGAAGGCAAGCAAGUUGCAGUUCGUCGAGCUCCUACGGCGCGAAUGUGUCUCAUCGAAAUCGGGAGCUACCGAUAACAGAAUACUGACGAGUUCUCGCAUAGAGGCACUGUAUUUGAGCCUUGGUGGGAUGGUGGCCAUGGGGGACUCGUUUGAUGUCGUCCUCAGUCAACUUCAGCAGGAAGGGCUGUUGAUACAGCGAUUUGGGGGUUGGCAGUUAACGAGGGGGUAG